GAGAGACUGAACUUCUUUCUUCAGGGCUGCACAUCAGUAGUAGCAUUUUAAUAGCUUUUAAAAGCAUAAAUGACGUGAGAAAAUAAGCGUAGAUAAGUUGAUCGACACUUCUUAUCAUUACUGGCCAACUGCCGUAGAUAAUUUUGCUGAUCUCAUUCAUUGGCUGGGGGGAAAAUCGGAGUUAACCACUCUUAAAAGAAGAUGGAUACAGCAAAAACCAUUGUUGUGGGAAACAAAUCAUAUCGUCCCCUGCUUGAUGAACAUUUGAUACCUGAAGACAUACGCAAGGCUCGAGAAGAGUUAAAUGAAACGGAAAAUAGUAGAGUUGCUGUCUUAAAAGCAUUUAAAGAAAAACUGUCCCAAGAGAAAGAGUAUGUGCCCCGAACAGACGAUAUCUAUGUCUUGAGGUUCCUUCGCACCAGAAAAUUCGACUGUGAACGAUCGCAGAAGUUGAUGAAGGAGCACUACAAGUUUCGUGCUAAGCAUCCGGCCGUCUUCCCAGCCCCAUCGACCAUCGAGAAAGCUUUGAGAGCCAAUAUCUUCAACUAUCUCCCUCACCGAGAUCAUCUUGGACGAGCCAUUUUUGUUGUUAAAAUGGCUCUAUGGGAUCCAGACGAAAUACCAUAUCACGAGUUCGUUGCCGUCGGAAACAUUUUGAGUGAAUAUGUUCUGGAUAAUCCGGUGACACAAAUUAACGGAUAUGUAGGUCUCUGGGAUUUCGCAGGUUUCUCUCUCAAGCAGUUCAUUCCUUUCUGCUCGCCGAAACACAUCUGGCUUCUCAGUAGUCUCAUGCAGGACCGUUUCCCAGGACGCUUCAAAAUUGCCUAUUGUGUUAACUGCCAUAAUUUGGUAAAUACUGCUUGGAAUUUAUUCAAACCGAUCUUAAAAGAGAAAUUUCGAAACAGGGUAAAGAUUCUAGGUGGAGACAUGAAAGUUUUGCACCAAUUCUUUGAUCCAGCCAUCUUGCCUGUCGAAUUUGGUGGAGUUCAACCUCCUUCCGACUGUGAAGAGAUCGUUGAGAAAGUGUUGAAGAAAGAACAGUAUUUCAACUACAACCGAAAAUUUGGAUACCAACCCAAAGACAAAAGCCAUAGUCAGAAAGCAUGAUGCUUCAGAAAAAAGCAGGAAAAAUUGUUGGAGUGUUAUUUCUUGCGAAAGUACAUCAAAAAAGCAUGACAUUUGCACUGGUUGCAAAAAAAGAAAA